AUGUGGAUGCUGAGUCUUCAGGUCAUCUGUGUUUUACUACAGGUGCCGGGUUGUUUCCCAUCAUGCCUCAUAAUGGGCUCUGUAGCCAAUUGUGCCUCCAAGAACCUCCGCUGGGUUCCUCCUCUCCCUCCCCACAUCACCCACCUGUACCUGGAGAUGAACCACAUCGGUGAGAUCAACUCCACCUCCCUGCUGGGCUUGGAGGAGCUGCAGGAGCUGGACCUCGGACAACAGUACACGCCACUGGUGAUCAGGAACAACGCCUUCAGCAGACAGAAACAACUGAAGAGGCUGGUGCUAGGCUUCAAUGUCGGCCUUCGACUGGAGCCAGAGGCUUUUGUGGGACUGUCCAGUUUGCAGAAUCUCCACCUUUAUUACUGCUCGCUUCAAGACUCCAUACUGAUGGAGAACUAUCUGGAGCCGCUGUCCUCCUUAGAGACUCUUGACCUCUUUGGAAACAAGAUAAACAGACUCAAGCCUUCAAUGUUUUUUGCAAACAUGACUAAUUUGAAAGAUUUGAAUCUAAAGCUGAACAGAAUUGAUAAAAUGUGUGAGUCUGAUCUGGUUGGUUUCCAGGGGAAGAACUUCAGGGUUCUGAACCUGGACUCUGUUCACCUUAAGGCCAUGUCUAGUGAAGGUUUUGACUGGCAGAAAUGUGGGAAUCCUUUCAGAGGAAUGUUAUUUCAGACACUCGACUUGUCCCACAAUGGGUUCGGUGUGGGCAAAUCAAAGCAGUUUUUCAGAGCAAUUGAAGGGACUAAGAUCUCCCAUCUCAGACUGUCAGGACACAUGGGUAAAGGGUUCUCAUUCAAUAAUCUCCCUGAUCCAGACCGUAGCACGUUUGAAGGUCUGAGCAACAGUUCAGUCCUCUCUCUGGAUCUGUCUAAAAACAGGAUAUUUGCAUUGCAACAGGGGGUUUUUAGUCCACUGAAAGAGGUCGCAAUCAUUGACGUUUCCCAAAACAGAGUGAAUCAGAUACACAGAAAUGCCUUUGAAGGUCUUCAGGGACAUCUAAAAAUGCUCAACCUGUCACACAACCUGUUAGGGGAAAUCUAUUCUUACACUUUUGCUUCUCUGACAAACCUGCAAGUGUUAGACUUGUCUCACAAUCACAUUGGUGCACUGGGUUAUGGUUCCUUUAGCGGCCUUCCCAACUUGAAAGCAUUACAUCUAACAGGAAACUCUUUGCGAGAUCUCGGCUUCCCUGAAUCUCUGCCGAGCUUAGAUUAUCUCCUGUUGAAAGACAACAGGCUGACGUCCUCGUCUGUGAGCGGUCUCACGCGGUUUGCCAGCAAUAUUAUGCAUCUGAACAUUCAGGACAACAGAUUAACAAACCUGGGCGAUGUUUACACCUUUUUGACUCGCCUGAAACGCCUCCAGCAUCUCCUCUACGGGGGAAACACGAUCAAGUGGUGCACACUCAGUAGACAAGUUCCAGCAAUUGGUUUGCUCCAAGUUCUUGAUCUUCACAGCAGCUCCCUGCAGUCUGUGUGGUCUCAGGGGAGAUGCCUCAAUCUGUUUGACAACCUUGGACAUGUGAUUGGUGUCAACUUGAGCUUCAACGCACUGCAGUCUCUUCCUCAUGGCAUUUUCAAGGGUCUCACCUCUGUAGUGGAGAUGGACCUCUCAUCCAACACUUUGACUUACCUUCAGCCUGAUGUAUUACCCAAAAGUGUCAAAGUACUCAACCUCUCCAACAACUUCAUAGCGUCCCCUGACCCCGCCGCAUUUCGCUCUCUCAGCUUCCUCGACCUAAAAAUGAACCGAUUUCACUGCGACCCAAACCUGAAGAGCUUCCUCACUUGGCUGAACAAGACCAAUGUAACUCUACUGAGCCCUGCUGAGGAGCUCAAAUGUGAAUUUCCGUCUGGUUUCUAUAAUGUUCCUCUGUUAGAUUACUCUGCUCAGGUCGGACAACAGUAAAAGCAAUUAAAAGUGAACAAAUAUGUGUAUCCUUUCAGCAUGACACCUAGAAAAGUAUAAGGAAUCAAACACAGGUGUCAUGUAUUGUUGAUUUCAGUUUAUAACAUGAUGUUUUCUGUAUCAAAUAUGUAUUCAGAUUUGUGUCUGAUAAUGUUAAGAAUGAAAUAUUUCAAAACCUGUAGACGUAAUACAAUUCCAGACCUAUAUAGGAAAAUUACAGCAUUGACUUACAGUCCACAUGUGGUGCAUAUCUCAGCCAACUGUACAACCAUAGCUGGCCCUAUUUUGUCCUGAUG